AUGUCUAAUGCUGGAAUCUCGAAGAAUCCACGCCCGAAACGGAAGAAUCGACCUCGGCCUUUGCCGCCCGAUGUCACGGCUAGAAACUUGGCUAUUGAGAAACAACGUCGCGGAGAAUUGAAAGAAGAUUUCUUGGAAUUGGCGCGCCUUAUCCCCGACCUUGCUAAUACACGACGCCUUACAAAGGUGCUGAUCGUAAACAAGAGCAUAGAACAUGUUCGGCAGCAACGGGCUCUUUCCCUUGCGGCAGCUAGCGAUAUGCAGGAAGUUGUUGACCAGAAUCAUCAACUUGUUGCGGAGGUGAAUGCUCUGCGUGCUCAAAUUGGAGGACCAUCUAUCCCUCAAACCCAGGUCAAGCCCAUGACCCAAGCUAUGACUCAACUAGCCGAAACAAAGAACCACGUCUUCGGAACCUUCCCAGCAGGCUUUGGAGAUAACUGGGCGGAAGAAUACUCCCAGGGUCAGCAUGAGACAACACGUGAAGUGGACUUCUCACCUGAUAAUCCUAAUGCGCCCCCUGUCCCGCAUACAGAUGUCAAUGUUACACCAGGCAGCAUACAAAGCAGCCUAGAAACUACUCCCGGAUCUAUGCCGGCCUCAGCAUAUCAUGAACCUCAAACGAACUUCAACAUGUGCUUGAAUACAGCGCCCGGGCCUAGUUUUCCCUUUCCAGACCUUUUGGGUACCGGCCAUUCUUAUUUGGACGAUCCUCUGAUGGCGAAUCUCUGGACUCAGGAGGUUAUUGGUGAGGGUUCAGCUUGGAUUGAUGGUCUGAGUGGGAGCGACAUUUCAGUUUUAGUUCAGAAUGGUACAGGGGAUAAUGAGAUACAGAGUUGUAUUUAG